UGUGAGGGGGUGGAGCGCUGCAGGCAGCGGAAUCUUAGAGCCACGGCUUCCGGUACCUGCCCGGGACGCAUUGGGAACGGACGGCACGGAGUUCUGCGAGCGGCAGACCGCGUCUCCUAGCAACUCGCCAGCAACACCCGGAAGUGGCUUGAAUGUCACGAGGGUCCGGCCCGCCGGCUGUUUGACUGGGGUAUUACAUUCUUCCAGGAUUGCUGUCAUGGUUCUUAAGGUCUUCUUCCCCUCUUGCUGUGCCACAGCAGAAAGUGGCCUUUUGAUUGGCCGUUGGAUCCCAGAACAGAACUCUGCUGUUGUCCUCGCUGUGGUCCACUUCCCUUUUAUUCCUGGCCAGGUGAAGCAAUAUCUCUCUGAAGUCCAGCGGGUGACUCAGAUCAAUAUGUGUGUGCUGGGCUCAUGGAGUAACAGCAAACAGGAGAAGGAAGGGGUCCUGGACAAGUUCCUGGAAGAUCUCAGCACAAUCUUUUCCCAUGAGCCCUGGAUACAGCUCAGCAAAGAGAGAGACAGCAAGUUUUGGAGCUGCUGUAUCUUUCAGAAAUACCCCAGCAGCCCCAAGGAAGAUGAAUUCAUCUUAGUAUAUUAUGACCAGCGCAAAGUAAUGCUUUCACAGCUGCAUCCCACCGACAGCCUGACCACAUCUGCUGACCAUGAGGGAAAUGAUGCCUCGAAACUAGGUGCUGUGUUUGACACCGUUGCAAAGAGCAAGGUACUGUUCAUGACAGACAGAUACGAUGAUGGGCCUAUCAAGCUGACUCACUGGCAGUCAGAAGGAGUGGAAGCCAGUAUUAUCGUGGAACUGAUGAAGCAGGCUUCUGUGCCUGUGUGUAUACUGCUGACAUUCCUGCUUUCACUUGUCUCCAGUGUUUGUAAAAGCAGAGUGAUGAAGUUUUGGCCUUUGUCUUUCAUCUGGAGUAAACUCUCAACUUGUGAACAGUUGGGGCACCGACUGGAGCACCUCCAGAUCAUCAGCAGCAACAGGAAGGCUCAGAAUCAGACCCAGCUAAUGAGGAAAGCCAACAUCUUUGUUUCUCUCUUCAUUGACAUGGCUCUGGGAAUACUGCUGAUGUCCUGGCUCUACAGAGAGAAUCGGAUUGGUCAGCUUGCCGACACUCUCAUCCCAGUGGCUGAUCAUAUAGCCAAAGAGCUCCAGGACCUGCUUCAGUGGCUAAUGGGAGUGCCAGCUGGUUUAAAAAUGAACCGGGCUUUGGACCAAGUAUUGGGUCGGUUCUUCCUUUACCACAUUCACCUGUGGAUUAGCUAUAUCCACCUGAUGUCUCCAUUCAUUGAGAUGAUCCUUUGGUAUGUUGGCCUGUCAGCCUGUCUGGGCCUGACUGUAGCGCUUUCCAUCCUCUCUGACAUCAUUGCACUCCUGACCUUUCAUAUCUACUGCUUCUAUGUCUAUGGAGCCAGGCUCUACUGCCUGAAGAUCUAUGGCUUGUCAUCUCUCUGGCGCCUGUUUCGCGGGAAGAAGUGGAAUGUCCUGAGACAGCGGGUGGAUUCCUGCUCCUAUGACUUGGAUCAGUUAUUCAUUGGCACUUUGUUAUUUACAAUCCUGCUAUUUCUUCUGCCCACGGCUGCACUGUAUUACUUGGUGUUUACCCUGCUCCGUCUGCUGGUGGUGGUUGUGCAGGGCCUGAUCCAUCUGCUCGUGGACCUCAUUGACUCUCUGCCCCUUUAUUCAGUCAUCCUUCGGCUCUGCAGAUCCUACAGACUUGCAGCUAGCGUGAAGUUCAGAGUCCUUGAACAGAAGCCUGGAAAACCUCUUCGACUCUUAAUGCAGAUAAACCCUCUGUCCUAUGGCAGCGUGGUGCAGACCUACAGGCUCACAACCUAUGCUUGUUACCCUAAGGAUUCCUGGAGCUCUCUGUGCAAGAAGCUGUUUGUUGGAGAGCUGAUCUACCCUUGGAAGCAUAAAGGGGAGAAGCAGGACUAAAGGGAAGCAAACGAGCCAGGCCUGAAAGAAUGAGCCAAAAAACACCAUUCAAACCCACUCGCUGCUCCCAGCCCAGGACCAAUGAGCCUGGACCCAGCAGCUGCUAGCUGGGACAAUGCUAUCAAAUCCUCUGCUGAGACUUUGGUAGUAUGCGAGGAGGGGCUGCAUUUUAAGUGGGAGUGUUUUUAUAUCAGUGUUUCUCACACUUUUUUGUACUGGUGACCCCUUUCACAUAGAAAGCCUCCAAGUGCGACCCUCCUUAUAAAUUAAAAACACUUUUUAUAUAUUUAACACCAUUAUAAAUGCUGGAGGCAAAGGGGGAUGUGGGGUGGAGGAUGACAGCUCACGACCCCCCUCCCCGCCCCCCCCGUAAGAAUCUUGUGACUCCCUGAGAGGUCCCGACCCCCAGUUUGAGAAUCCCUGUUUUAUACAAUCUCCUUCAGCUUUCCCCUACCUAUAUGGCCCCAUCCAGCUGACUUGGUUUCCAGGCUGUUCUCUGUUAAUGAAGUGUUAUUCUGCCCUAGAUUACACUGUUCCUGCCUAGCAGCACUAGGGACCAGAGGUUUAACCCUUCAGUGCCUCUCCACAGCAGCAUACCAUGUAAGCCAAGGAGUAGCUCCUGAUCAGCCCGAUGGUCUGUUAGUCUUUCCAUGCAAGUUCCUGGGGCCUGAGGGUGAUUAAAGCCAAAAUGUUGAGGUGGAUUAUUACAUCCAAGUAUUCUGGAUCUUUCAUAUUCACGUGUUCAAGCCAAUUCAUCAAAUGCAUGCUCCCAAACUGGACUGUCAGCUUGGAAACAGUACUGGUAUGUAGCCUUCUGAUUUGUCCCAUUGCUUUUCCUUUGGUAAUAGAAUUGGCUUUUUCCCACUGCAUACUAUGCCUAACCCACCAUUUACAGCAGGAACAGACACAGGUAGGGUUUCACCACAAAAAGUCAUCUUUGGCCUAAAUUUUCCUAACUGACUAGUGACAUUGGAUGUGUCUGUUUCUCAGUGCCCAAUCUGAGACCUUUUAAAGGCGCCUGAUUUUUUAACAGUCCAGACCCUCUAACGGCUCUCAAAAUCAGCCUCUAAAACUACUAGUCAUUUUGGAAAAUCUAGACCCCAUUUCUUAAGAAUACUUUUCUUGCUUGCGGUACUAACCUCCAGAUCACGAUGAAAACAAUGGUCUCUUUCUCUGUCAGGUUUUAAGUACAUACACAUUAUGAUGUCUGUUCCCCUUUCAAAGUGUUCCUCCUAUUAACCCUAAUGGGAAAUACAUUCAUGUGUUGGCCAGGGAGUAGAUUCUUUAGUAUGUACCUACCACAUACAUUUCUGUAGUUUAAAAUAGACUGUAUACAGAUGUGUAAGUACACUGUGCCUAGGUGCACAACCGUCACUUCCCAUAUCCUAAACAGGAUAUGUAGUGUUGCUGUGCACUGUUGCCAGGUUGCAUUCUAGAGAUUGCAUUGGUGGUGAAGCUAUUCCUAUGGACUAAAUCCUCUCUCUUCUCCUUUGCGGCCGAAAUUUCUGCCUUCAGAGGAACCACCCUGGGAAAGGAGGGUAGGAUUUCUGGUGUCUAUGCUGCAGAGCUCUUCUCUGCAUUCCUGUGCAGCUGCAUACAGGGAGGCAAGGCAGGGAGGAGUGGGGUCAGGUUAGGCGGAGCCACUACCGCAUGGCUCCACUAGCUGUUGUCCUCUGCAGGAGUCCAGCAGGAAGGAAGUUGCAGCUUUAGAGCUGCUGUAGUUGUCACAGAACAUAUCUACUGGCACUCUAUAGCCAGGGCAGUGGUGGGUGAGGGAUCUUGUGUCCCAUCUCGGUGUUCAGCCUGAUUACAUGGGCUUGAGGGAGGAGGAUUUGUCCCCAUGUAUGUAAUAUCCUUUGAGCUCUUUCUGGGUGAGUAAGCACUUGUUACACUGGUGAACAUGUAGGUUAAAAUCUUCAUUAAGUCUAGGUCUCUACUUGGAGCUAGGGGUGUAAUUCCCAGCUCGCGUAGACAUACUUGUGCUAGCUCUAUGAGACUCAGUCCACUAAAAAUAGUAGUGUAGCUGUGGUAACAUGGGCAGCAGCAAGAGGCAGCACAGGGUAGCUGUUCUGAGUACAAACCCACCUGGACCCCAUGCGUAAGUACUCGGGGCAGCUAGCCCAUGCCGCUGCUGCCUGUGCUACUGUGACUACACUACUGUUUUUGGCACACUAGCCCAAGUAUAUCUAUGCAAGCUGGGAAUAACACCCCUAGCUGCCAGUGUAGACAUAGCCUCAGAAUGCAGCCUUCACCUUCACAUCCACAGGCCUGAGCUGAAAAAACAAAUUUGUUUACAUAAAUAUUUGUUUAAGAUGUUCUCUAAAACAUUCCUUACCUGGCAAAAGUAAAGUCUGCCAAUUUUACAAGACAUUUCCAGGUCCUUAGUGAGGUCAUUGCACAGGAGAGAGAACGUUAUGCUGCUGGUAUGAUUUGGGGAUUAGUGCAAUCAGGAGACCGUUUUCUGCUUGCAUGGUCCAAAACAAAGUAUAUUAUUGAAAGGUUUCAGAGUAGCAGCCAUGUUAGUCUGUAUCUGCAAAAAGAACAGGAGUAC